AUGUUCGGUCGUGCCAGUUCGAUGAUGCCCCUGCGUGCUGCCCAGCGCGUGUCGGCGCGUACUGCAUCGCCGAUGCAGAUCCGUCGUGCUUCGGGCCAUGGUCCUAGCUACAAUGAGCCAUCUGGAUACCUCUUUGGUGAAAAGCCACCUGCACCUGGUACGAAGCGUGUGAAGGAUGCAUGGGAGUGGCCAUGGUACCUGGGUAUGUACGGCGGCGCUGCUGCGUUCGUUGUCGCGAUGUGGUACAAGCCGGACAAGAGUGUUCGUGUUUGGGCAGCUCCGGAGGCUGAAAAACGCCUCGAUGAGUCGGGUCUAGAAUGGCGCUACAAGCCUUCGCCCAACUCUGGCUACCCUAACGGUAUUCCGAAGUGA